CUGUCGCCAAAUCCGGAUGUGACGUUACAUUAAAAAAAAACAGACAAGCUGCCAUUGGUGGAUUCUGAUAGGUGACGGCAGUUGCUGCGAAUAAUGAGUAACAGGAGAACCUCUCGUCGCAUCUCCCACUCUCAAAGGAGGGGCCCACCUGCAGGGAGAGAGUGGAGAAAGAACCAGGGAACAUGGCGAAGCCAAGGAGAAACAGCGAUGAAAGAGGCAGAGGAGGAGAAACCUGGAUGUCAGGAGCAGGAAACUGUGCCCAGGGGCUCCUGCCAGUCCAUGUGCCCUCUCCGUGAGCUGCGUGAAAGAGAGGCACAAAAGCGACUGCAUCGCUUUGAGAUUUUGGAAGGUACUGAGAAAGAUCGACGGCCCAGGGCAGAUCCCUCGCGUAUUGUGAAGGAGUACUCCAGACCAGCGGCUGGGAAAGACUCCACGAUCCCCACUGACCUGCGUCCACCUGCUGUGCUUCUAAAGACUGUGUGUUAUCUGAUUGAUGAUGUUGCUGCCUCCCCCAGUCUCCAUCCUUGGACUGAGGUGUACAACUUUGUCUUUGAUCGGCUGCGUAGUGUGAAGCAGGACAUGAUCAUACAGAGAGUGUCUGGGCUGGAGAGCAUGACCAUCCUGGAGCUCACAGUGCGUUUCCUCAUCUAUGCCUCCUACCGUCUUUGUGGUGAGCCCCUGCGGCUCUAUGACCCACGCAUCAAUGACACACACCUCCAGGAGAGCCUGAGCUGGCUGCUGGACUGCUAUGCCACUGGAGCGGGCCCGCACCCCAACCAGGAGGAGUUCCAGGCUCUUAGUCUGCUGUACAACUUGGGUUCAACCCGAGCCAUGCAGCACGCCAUGGAGCUCCCUGAGCGGCUCCGUAACUCUCCUACCGUCAGCCUUGCCCUGUCCAUCAGCCGGGCUUUCCUGGAGAGAAAUCCUGUACGUCUGCUCCGACUGUCCCAGAAGCUGAACUUCCUGCAGAGCUGUGCCCUGCACCGGCACCUGGGGACGUGUUGCAGAGACCUUCUGCUCAUCUACAGCCACGGACACAGCAGCCGCAACUGUCGCUUCCCCCUGAACAGGCUGGCUGAGCUCCUGGCUCUGGAAAGGUCGCUCACAGCCCAACUCUGUCAAACCUAUGGAGUGGAAGUCAACCAGGACAACCAAGUGGUCUUCUCUAAAACUGCAUUCACUGAGCCUGAACAAGGGAAACUGCACUGCGAACUGUAUCACAACAAAGUGGCUGAGAAGCAGAGAGACCUCACCGUUGGAAGUGUUAUUCAUGGUUACACUUGAGAUGAAUUAAUGGAGUAAUAGACCUUUCUCACAGCAGCCAUUUUAAUCUGAAAUAGCAGGGUAAACACAGGUUCUGUUGCAUUGUUUUCUGUGAACAGUACCAGGACUGUUUACGGACAUUACGGGUCUGCAACUGGGGCUCUUGUGUUGAAGGGGCUGCCCUCCACACUCUGUCACCCCGCUGCCUUACAACACUGGAUGUCUUUUUUUGGUUAAUUGUAUGAACAAUUGAAUGCAAGGUUUGUGCCUGAAGUUUUAAAAUGUGAACCACUUUGGUAUUUAUAGUGUUCAAACAUUGUGUUGUUGAAUUUUCCCAACAGAGUUCCUGAAAUAGUCCAUAAAACAUGGUGUGGCUCAAACAGUUCUCAGUUCUUGCCCAUGCAUUACCUCAAUAAAUAAAACAAUAAAUUUCAAUAAA